CUUGUAAUAACCUCUCUAUGGGAUUUCAGCAGAAAGGUUCAUCAAAAGAUUCAGAACACUAGCAGCUGAUUAUAAUCAGUACUCCGCAUGAGAAGAUGGCCACAGAAGCUGAUAUUCCACAUCCCAUAUCUCGACCGAAAGAAGAAAUGGAAGGCAAAGAGUUGAAGUGUGAUGAACUUUCAGGUAUAAUUGUCAGUGAAAAUGACAUGGUGAUCCCAACAGAAAGUAAAAAUGGAGAACAAGAAGCAUUAGCUAAGAAAGAGCCUGAAGAGAAGAAUGGAACUCAUUGCAAAGUUUCCAUAACAGAAGAUCAACCAGAAAGUGACACUGCUGUUUGUGAGAAAACAAGUGAGGCUCAGGCGCAAGAUAACGGAUCGUAUGCCAAGGAAGGAACUCCAUUUGUUGCAAAGACAACAGCAGAGAGAACAACAGAAAUGGAGGAUGAUUCGGUAAGGUCAAAAAGCAUGGGGUCUGCAGGUAUUGAAAAGGAAAGUGCAAAUAAUGAUUCUCUGGAGCAAGAAAUGAGUACACCUCCUCUGAUGAACAACGAAAAUGAUAUGUCAAGUACCACCGAAUUAGAGAACUGCAGCAAGAUUGGGAAAUCAGAGUCAUCCACGGAUGAAAAUUCAUCAGAAAUAGUAAUAGAGAAGGACAAAUCCAACUAUGAAAUGACUGUUAACAAGGCCUCUGAGGCGGCUAUCAUGGAACUAGAGGAGUCCACUAACAACUUUGAAGGAAUCUCAAAGGAAAGUGCCGAAACAGAGAAAGCAUCAGCUGAAUUUGAGGCAGAAGGUGAUACUCAUGGAAGUGCUACUGAAGGCCAAAGUAUCAGCACUGCCACUGAAACAGAUAACAAAUCAGUAGAGGAUGAUGAAAAUCCCAUAUCUGCCCCUGAAUCCACAGUGGAAGAUAAAAGUAAAAGAUCAUGCCCUGAGACUGAUUGGACCAACAUUGAGGAGGAAACCAACAAUGAUGAAAAUCGGACUACCGAUCCCAUUGAAGAACAAGCAUCUGCCAAACAGCUGCUCAGGGAGAUUGAGAGAGGCGAUGAAAGUGUAAUUAACAAAGAACAGACUAUGGAGGAAGAAAGUUGCACUAAAGAACUUCAUCUGAUAGCUGCAAGGGACAAGAAUCAUGAGACAAUACAUAAGGUGAUGGACCUGCAUCUAACACCCACUCAAGGGCUCCAAGUAACAGCUCCAGAAAGUCCCUCAGUGAUGGACAAAUCAAAGGUUGCAGAGGACCUCAAUCAGGAAUUAGAAGCACCUCCACCGAGAAAAGCACUGGAAGAAGAAAAGGUCAUUGAGAAGCCUGUUGAUCUCUCAAGCUUAGAAUCUUUAGCGUCAGAAGACAAGAUUAUCACGGAGACGAUAGAAGAAACAGAUGAUUGUAAUGACAAGACUGACCUAAAUGAUGAGCUUGUAAAGACCCUUGAUACUAGUUCGGAAGCAAAGGGUCCAGAGAUGUUUAAAACAGCUGAUACUAGGCAACAGGAUGCAAAAGUUGACAGUAUGAAGCUUGAAGAAAACUCUAUCAUUGUGUCUGACCUUCUAACACAUGAACAUGAGAAAGCAGAAAUUGUAGGUAUAUGUGAAGAGAAGUCAGAUGCAAUUGAUUUUGAAGUUGAAAAAGUGCCUGAUGCAGUAUCUGAGUCUGAAGUGCAGGGUGCCGAAGAAAAUGAUGAGAGUGAGAUAGUCACAAGCAUAACUGUGGGAGAGAUUGAUACAAGCAAAAUUGAACAAAUCAGAGAUGCUCCUGAAGAAUUAUCUGAACAGCUAAACCAAGUUGUUAAAUCAGAUGGCGAGGGCGAGAUUGCCCCUGAACAGAAACUUCAAGCUGAGAAGAUAGCCACGCUUUGCGAUGAAGAGGAUAGUGAGACCAAAACCACAAUUAAAAAGACUGAAGAUGGAUGCAUAAAGAAAGAAGAUACAGAGGCUGAAACAAAUGAAAUUGAAGAAAAAAUUGAAGGCCCUUCUGAAGCAUUAUCUGAACCCAUAGAUCAAGGUGUUGAAGCAGAUAGCAAGGAUGAAAUUGCCACUGGUCUGACUCUCCAAGCCGAGAAAAUAGAAGAGCAACCCCAGGUGUUGUCGUAUGCCUUGCCUUCCAACAAUGAGAAUGCCGAAACAACUGCAACAAUUGAACAGACCGAAGAUGUAUGCAAAAGGAACGAAGAUGCAGAGGAUGAUACAAACGAAAUUGAAGACGCUUCUGAAGGAUUGUCUGAACCAAUAGAUCAAUUUGUUGAAGCAACUGCCAAGGACGAGAAUGCCCCUAGUCCAACUAUUGAAGCUGAGAAAACAGAAGAACAAUCUCAGGUCACUUCCUCUGUCGUGCUUAGAAGUGAAGAGGAUGGUGGAACCACAACCACAAUCGAAAAGACCAUAGACGGAUGUACAAAGAAAGACGAUACAAAGGUUGAUUCCCCCGUUACUAUUGAUGGUGCAACCCCUGGCGUGGUGUCACAGACAUGUGAGAGUGCAAACAAUGCAAUUGUAGACAAGUCAGAUGCAGAUAUGGUAAAAUUUGAAGAAACCGAAACUUUGGAAGCAGUAUCUGAGCCCAAAGGUACGGGUUUUGAAGAGAUUCAUGAGAGUGACACAAGGUCAACAGCAGAAAUUACUGAUACAGGCAAAAUAGAAGAAGAAAUCAAAGCAAAUGAACAAAUCUCACACCAAGGUGCUGAAAAUGGUACCAAGAUUGAGAAGGUUGAAGAUGGAAGCACAAAGAAAGUUGAAGCAGACGUUGACAACAUCAAGCUUGAAGAAACCACUGUCGUGUCAUCCGAGUUUCCUUCGACUGAAAAUGCAAAUCAGGAGAGAGAAAAUAAGGUGACAGACCUGGAACGAACAGCCACUCAGGGACUCCAAGUAACAGCUUCUGAUAAUCCCCCAGAGAUGAACAACUCAGAGGUUGCAGAAGAUCUGAAUCAGGAAAGGGAAGCAACUCCACAGAGAAAAGCACCGGAUGAAGAAAUUCAGGUCGUUGAGAAGCCUGUUAACCUCUCAAGCUCAGAAUUUUUAGCGACCGACGAAAAGAUUAACAAAAAGAAGAAAGAAGAAACAGAAGAUUUUGAUAACAAGACUGACACUACACAGGCAUCAGUAACGGAGGUACCAAUCUUGGAGGAAGUUAACCUAAAUGAUGAGCCUGCAAAAGCCUUUGGUACAAUUUCUGACACCGAGAUUCCAGAGAUGAUGAAAGCAGAUGUGUCUAGCCAACAGGAUGCUGAAGUUGACAGUGUGAAUUGCGAAGAUACCUCGAGUGUGGUGUCUUGUCUUCCAACACAUGAACAUGAGGAAGCAGACAAUUUAAGUAUACAUGGAGAGAAGUCAGACGCAAUUGAUAUUACUGUUGAAGCAAACAAAAUUGCUGAUGCAGAAUCUGAGUCUAAAGUCCAGGGUGCAGAAGAAAUUUAUGAGACAGAUAGAAGCCUAACUGUCGGAGAGACUGAUACCAAUGAUAUUGAAGAACAAAUCAGAGAUGCUUCUGAAGCAUUAUGUGAACCAAUAACUCAAGGUGUUAAAUCAGAGAGCAAGGACGAGACCACCGCAGUUCAGACACUCCAAGCCGAGAAAAUAGAAGAGCAGCUUCAAGUGUCAUCCUCUGACUUGCUUCCAAAAGACGAGGAUGGCAAAACUACACCCAUUAUUGAAAAGACAGAAGAUGAAUGCACAGAGAAAGAUGAUGAAGAAGUUGAUACAAAUGAAAUUGAAGAAGAAACUGAUGACGCUUCCAAAGCAGUAUCUAAACCAAUAAAUCAAGGUGUUGAAGCAACUAGCAAAGAUGAGAAUAUUCCUUGUCUGGCUCUCCAACGUGAGACAAUAGAAGAGCUCCUUGUAGAUACGAAUGAAAUUGAAGAGCAAACGGGAGAUGCUUUGGAAGCGUUAUAUAAACUGAUAAAUCAAGGAGUUGAAGCAGCAAGCAAUGAUGAGAUUGCCCUUGGUCCGAGUCGUCCAACACUCCAAGCUGAGAAAACAGAAGAGCAACUUCAGGUGUCAUCCAAUGCCAUGGCUUUAAAUGAAGAGGAUGAUGAAACCCAAACCACAAUCGCGUUGACAGAAGAUGGAUGCAAAAGGAGAGAUGAUACAGAUGCUGACACAAAUGGAGUAGAAGAACAAACUGUAGACGCCAGCGACUCAUUAUCUGAACCCUUAAAUCAAGGGGUUGAAGCAACUAGCAAGGAUGAGAGUAUUCCUAGUCCGACUCCCCAAGACAAGACAAUAGAAGAGCACCUUGUAGAAAUGAAUGAAAUAGAAGAGCAAAUGGGAAAUGCUUUGGAAGCGUUAUAUGAACUGAUAAAUCAACGUGUUGAAGCAGCAAGCAAUGACGAUAUUGCCCCUGGUCUGACACUCCAAGCUGAGAAAACAGAAGAGCAACUUCAGGUGUCAUCCUCUGCCAUGGUUUCCAAUGAAGGGGCGGAUGAAACCCAAACCACAGUCACAUGGACAGAAGAUGGAUGCAAAAGGAGAGAUGAUACAGAUGCCAACACAAAUGGAGUAGGAGAACAAACUGUAGAUGCUAGCGAAACAUUAUCUGAACCCAUAAAUCAAGGGGUUGAAGCAGAUGGCAAUGACGAGAUUGCCCUUGGUCUGACUAUCAAGGCUAAGGAAACAGAAAAGCAACUUCAGGUCUCAUCCUCUGUUGCGCUUUCCAACAAAGAAUAUGGUGAAACUGUGACCACAGUCGAAAAGACUGAAGAUGGAUGCACAAAGAAAGAUGAAACAGAGGUUGACAACUUAGAGCUUGAAGAGACCCCUAGUGUGGUGUCUCAGCCUUCAAGCACCACAUGCGAAAGUGCAAAUAAUGCAAUUGUGAAGUCAGAUACAGUGCAAGUUGAUGAAUACAAAACUUUGAAAGCAGUAUCUGAGCCCGAGGAUCUGGGUUUUGAGGAGAUUCAUGAGAGUCAGAAAAGCCCAACUGCAGAAAUUACUGAUACACAUCAAGUUGUUGAAAAUUGUACCACAAUUGAGAAGAUAGAAGGUGAGAAUACAACGAAUGCUGAAGCAGAGGUUGACAACAUCAAGCUUGAAGAAGCAACUGCCAUGUUGUCUAAGUUUCCAACAAUUGAAAAUGAGGUUCUAGACAAUGAAAAUGCAACUGCAGAAAAAUCAGAAGGAAACGAAUUUGAAGUUGAAGAAGCAAAAUUUUCUGAUGUGGUAUCUGAGUCCGAACUUCAUGGUGCUGCUAAAGAGAGUACAAAGGAAGAUGAAACUCAACUGAAUGAGAAGGCGGCUGAUUCCUUUGAAGCAGAAGCAACAGAAAAAACAUCCUUACAAGAACCAAGGGAGCUUGAUGUUUCAACAACUGAAAAUGAGGUUAUAGACAAAGAAAGUGCAACUGUAGAAAAAUCAGAAAGAAAUGAAUUUCACGUUGAAGAAGCAAAAAUUCCUGAUGCGGUAUCUGAGUCCGAACUCCAUGGCGCUGCUAAAGAGAGUACAAAGGAAGAUGAAACUCAACUGAAUGAGAAGGCGGCUGACUCCAUUGAAGCAGGAGCAACAGAAAAACCAUCCUUACAAAAUGAAGAACCGAGGGAGGUUGAUGUUUCAAAUUUCGAUCAGACGGCACAAAAGGAUUCUCAAAAUCAAGCACCAGAGCAAGAAAGAAGAUCUCUAGAAAAUGAUUCAGAAGAAUAUGUUGAUUUUGCAUCAGAACAUGAGAAAACACCUGCAUAUUGUAGUUUGGAGGAUACUUCAAAAGAUGAGAAUGCUAUAGAUUUACCACCCCCUCAUCCAACAAUCAAAGAGCUUUCAACUGAAGAAGGUGAAGCCAUAAAGACCGAUACUUCAGUGGAAAAGAUCACUGAGGAAAAGGAAGCGACGAGAAUCUCACACCCAGUGUCUCCUCAUGAAGAAACAGUCACAAAGAUCAACCAAGAAAAUGGACUAUUAGAUUCACCCAAAAGAGAAGACGAAAUAACAGCAGAACCUUAUCAAGGAGAGAAACAUGCAACAUUUGAUAAACAAAGUGAUGAAAUACAACUUGAAGAGUUGUUUGACAAGCAAACUGCAGCAGCGACAGCAAGCAUAGUAGAAGGAGGAAAGAGCAUUCAAAUUGAAAAUCACACAAUGGAUAAGGUAACAGUAGAGCUGUCAACAAAUGGGAAUGAUAGUAAUCUUGUUGAACCCAAAAUUCACUUUGCAACAACUCCAAAUGGUGAUGAGGCAAGUCAACAUCUGAACGAGAAGCUGAAUGUCUUGUCUGAUGGCAAGGAUACAGAGGUAUCACAUGAAAAGACCAUAACAGCUUAUGAGGUCACUAAAGACGCAAAAGAGCUAGAGAAAGGAGUAGAAUAUGGUGAAGAGAAAAAACUGGGUGAAGGAUGUCAAAAAACAGCAGAAAGGUCCGUACUGAUGGAUACCGACAAAAGUUCACAAAAGAAAUCUCAAGGUAUACUUUCGGGUGUUGGGUCAAAAGUGAAGCAUUCAAUUGCAAAGGUGAAGAAAGUCAUAACUGGUAAAUCUUCUCAUCCAAAGACCUCAUCACUAGGUACCAGAAAAAAAAGGACCUCAUCACCACCAAGUUAGAGGAAGAGUAAGAGCUGGACUCCACUCCAGCAGUUGAACCUUUUCCAGUUGGUUUAACAUAGUACAAUUCUACCAUGAAGGGCUGGUUUGUUACUUUUUCAUCUGUGCUAAGAUCACCAAUUUUAGAGUGUGGUUGUGUAUUUGUCCAAUUUGACUAGUUCAGAUUGAUUACUUUUAAACAGUUACCAUCUAUUUUCAUAUUCAACAUUGUGUGCAGGAAGGACUUGUUUGUAAUAUCAUUUGUGCUAAGAUACCAAUUCUAGAGUG